AUCCAAACUCUUUCUGAAUACAUUUUCCCUGACACAUUAUUUACUUCAUCGUUUACCGUUUCUUUCAACCCGAUAUUAGGAGAGGAACAACAACACAAACAGUGCAUUGAAUUAUACUGAAUCACCAAAAAAAAACAUCAAUCCCUCCACUUCAAUUGGCGUCUGACUGCAUUUACCCAGAACCAAAUUGGACGACCCAUCAAAAUCAACAAGAAUAUAAUAGAAAACUUGUUAACCGCCCACAAUAAUCACCAUUAAUUUGUACAUCCAUUGUACCAUAUCUGACGAUUAAAAACAGCAUAUCACCCAAGCAUCUAGUCAUUCAAUCAUGUCUGCAUUCCGUGCUCAACCUUUACAACCGUUGAACAGUGGUCAACUUAAUUCUAGAGGAACUAACAUAACCCCUAUAAAAACCGUUAGACGCCCAACAGAAAACCUACCUGCUGAAGGUGCCAAACAGCACAAGAAGAAAAAGGAAAAGUUAUCGGCCUUAUGUAAGACUCCUCCUUCAAUUGUCAGAACCAGAAACGGAAGAGACUACCGUAGAGGUAACUUUCUAGGUGAAGGUGGAUUUGCCCGUUGUUUCCAAAUGAAAGAUGCCUCUGGCCAAAUCUAUGCCGCCAAAACUGUAGCAAAAGCCUCAAUUAAGAAUGAAAAGACCAAAACCAAGUUAUUGUCUGAAAUCAAGAUUCACAAGUCAUUGAAACAUCCAAAUAUUGUCAAUUUUGUUGACUGUUUUGAAGAUGACGUUAAUGUAUAUAUUUUGUUAGAGAUAUGUCCUAACCAAUCCUUGAUGGAAUUGUUAAAAGCUAGAAAGAGAGUCUCUGAACCAGAAGUAAGAUUCUUUAUGGUGCAAAUAGUUGGUGCUGUCAAAUAUUUACAUUCUAGAAGAGUUAUCCAUAGAGACUUGAAGUUGGGAAAUAUAUUUUUUGACCCGGACAUGAACCUUAAGCUUGGUGAUUUUGGUUUAGCUUCUGUGUUACCAUCUACUGAUUCAAGAAAGUACACAAUUUGUGGUACUCCAAACUACAUUGCCCCAGAAGUAUUGGGAGGAAAGCAUACUGGUCAUAGUUUUGAAGUUGAUAUUUGGGCUAUUGGUAUUAUGAUGUACGCCUUGCUAGUUGGUAAGCCACCAUUCCAAGCUAAAGAUGUUGAAGUAAUCUACGAAAGAAUUAAAAAGACCGAAUACUACUUCCCAGAAGACAAACCAAUAUCUCCUUCUGCCAAGACCUUAAUUCAAGAUUUGUUAAGCUUGAAUCCUUUAAACAGACCAACUAUCGAUGAGAUAUUAAACUAUGAAUGGUUCAAGGGUCCUUUCCCUGAUAAAACUCAUGAAAUUAGUUUGAGUGAAACUCCAGUCAGCCUUGAGCAAAUUUCCAGAGCUCAAUCCAGUAUCAAUUUUACUAAUACCAAGACCAAUGCUGGUAUCUAUACUCCAAGAAACAAGGAUCCAGUUGAAAUCUUGAGAUCUGAUUUACAAUCUGAACAACCAAGAGCUAUGCUCCCUACUUCAUUAUCUCCUAAUGAUACUAGGAACAAGUACCAAGAAGUUGACCCUAGUCAAAUGGGAAGACCUAGAAGAGUCAAUUUCAGUGCAAACUUCUCUACUGCAAUCAAAAGGCUCAACCAAGUAUGUUUUGAGACCUACCAAAACAUGAGAAGACUAGAAUACGCCGGCAAAGAACAAUCACAAACUCAAGAAGCUGUUGAUUGUGAAAACCCUACGUUGAUUAGUAAAUGGGUUGAUUACUCCAACAAGUAUGGUUUUUCCUAUCAACUCAAUAACGAUGAUAUUGGUGUUUUGUUUAACGAUGACAACACUUUAUUGAAGCUUCAUAACUCGGAUAGAUUUUUGGAAUUACUUUACCAUGAAAACGAAGGUUGGGCAUGUGUUGAGAAUUCCACCAGUCAUCCUCCAACUCAAGCAAAACGACAAUUGGAAAUUGUUGACUUUUUUGCCAAAUACAUGAAUAGUAACCUCUCGAAAGUCAGUGAGAAUGAAGACAGAAAGGAAAUUGUGUUUUUGAGAAGAUAUACCAGAACAUCUGAUUAUAUCAUGUUUGAAAUGACCAAUGGAAACUUUCAGUUCAACUUUAAAGAUCAUCAUAAAAUUUGCAUUUCUAAAUCCGGUAUGGUCAUUACUCAUAUUUCUCCAAACCGUUCUACCAGAACCCUUCCAUUGGCUGCUGUCUUGAGACAAGGAAACUUCCCACAGGAACAAGUUCCCUCUUGUUUGGAAAAGAUUACCGUUAUCAAAGAAGCUAUCAAGAGAAAGGCAUUCAAGGAAGCUAAUUAAAACACUAUUCUCCUUUUACUAUCCUAAUUACAUCACACAGACAGACUGUAUUAUUUAACCUAUCUUUAUAUGUUCUAAUGAUUGACUUGUACACUAUCGUUGGUUAUUUUUUUUUACAUAUUUCUCCGUUAUUCAAACAUUCACAGCCUUUGCACGUUGACAACUUUUCUAUAUUCAAUUCAAGUUUUUGUUGCAUAUCGUUGCUGCUUUCUACUCCAGUGUUAGCUUUGCGGUAUUUUUUACAUAUAUUUUAUCAACCUAGCAUUAUAUACCAAAUAGUAUACAAUAUCAUAGAAAAAAAAAUUAAAAUUUCAUGAACAAUAUUAAUAACAUUACAUCUCUAUUGGUAAAACUAAUAGUAAAAUCGUCUAAUAUACAAUUGUUUUAAAACAAGCUUAAAACUCGUCUUCGUUAUUAUUUAACAAAGCCUUAAGGGCCCAUUCGGCAUUGAACCUACUUUUUAUAGCAUCCAACUCACUGAUCAACCCAGAACAAGCAUUUUUCAAAGCUUCUCGUGGUGAGUAAUCAUCUUCCGUUUGUAUUCUCAACACAAAGUUGGCAAAUAAUGGAUGUUCAACCUUGUAUGCAGCAAAAAUAACCUUUUCAUCUUUUAAUAAUUGAUUUCUUAACAAGUUUGCUAAUGUAUGGUCUUCUCUUUCUAUCUUUAUGAUAGCUGCAUUUGGUACCUUUGUAUCUGGUGUGAUUUUAAUUAUACUUAUCUACUCCAUCCGGUAAUAUAAAUAAUUCAAAUCUAUCUGGGGCAUUCAUUUCUGUUUAUUAAUUUAUGUCUGUUUCUUGCUUGCCAUGCACU